UGGGCAGACAGGGCGGUUUCCUGCUGGACUUUGACGGGACUGUGACGCUGCAGCGGCUGGAGCGUGCUGUUGCGCGUGCACCCGCCCACGUGCACGGCAGAGAGGGGGAGCGGGGCGGCUGGCGGGCUGUGCUCUGCUCGCUUCACUGUUAGCAAUGGCGAAGUGGACUCGCCUCCUCGGUUCUCCGUGGGUCGUCGCGGCGGCGCUGCUGCUGGUUGCCUGCGGGCCGCAGUUCUCCCUUUGCUGCCCCAGCCGCUGUUUGUGCUUCCGGACCACUGUGAGAUGUAUGCAUCUGAACCUGGAAGCCGUGCCGGCCGUGUCUUCUCUGACCACCAUCCUAGACCUGAGAUUCAACAAAAUUAAGGAUUUACAGCCGGGCUCCUUUAGUCGACUGAAGAAUCUCAACACUCUGCUCCUCAACAACAAUCAAAUUCGAAGAAUCCCCAGGGGGGCGUUUGAAGACCUGGAAAACCUCAAGUAUCUCUAUUUGUACAAGAAUGAAAUCCAAUCAAUAGACAGACAAGCAUUUAAGGGGCUUGUCUCUCUUGAGCAACUGUAUCUGCACUUCAACAACAUCGAGUCCUUGGAGCCAGAGUCUUUCACCCAUUUACCAAAGUUGGAACGACUGUUUUUGCACAACAACAGAAUCACACAGCUCGUUCCUGGAACCUUUUCUCAUCUAAAUGCCAUGAAGAGACUGCGGCUGGAUUCCAAUGCCUUAAACUGCAACUGCGAGCUGCUGUGGCUGGCUGACCUGCUAAAGCUCUAUGCAGAGUCUGGCAAUGCCCAGGCUGCAGCCACCUGUGACCAUCCCAGCCGGCUGCAGGGCCGCUCGGUAGCUACACUCACUGCUGAGGAGCUCAACUGUGAGGUGCCUAGAAUUACCUCUGAGCCUCAAGAUGUCGAUGUGACGUCAGGAAACACCGUCUACUUCACCUGCAGAGCGGAAGGAAACCCAAAACCACAGAUCAUCUGGCUCAGGAACAACAAUGCUUUAAACAUGCGGGAUGACAGUCGUCUGAACCUACUGGAAGAUGGCACGCUGAUGAUCCAAGACACCAGAGAGACCGAUCAGGGAGUCUACCAAUGCAUGGCUAGAAAUGUAGCCGGGGAGGUCAAGACUUCACAGGUCACUCUGCGAUACUUUGGGGCCCCCACUCGUCCAAGCUUUGUAAUUCAGCCCCAGAACACAGAGGUUCUGGUUGGGGAGAGUGUGACCUUGGAGUGCAGUGCUACAGGUCAGCCACAGCCAAGAGUGUCCUGGACCAAAGGAGACCGCACUCCACUGCCAAACGACCCCCGCAUCACAAUUACUACCUCUGGUGGGCUUUAUAUCCAGAACGUGCUCCAAACUGAUGGAGGACAGUACACCUGUUUUGCUUCUAAUAAUGUGGACACAAUACAUGCAACGGCAUUCAUCAUUGUUCAAGCCACCCCACAGUUCACAGUCACUCCACAGGACCAGACCGUCCUCGAGAGUCACACAGUCGAGUUCCCUUGUGAGGCCAAUGGUUACCCACAGCCUGUAAUUGCCUGGACUCGAGGUGGAAGCCCCCUGCCACUGGACCGUCGUCAUGUCAUCCUGUCGUCCGGGACGCUGCGCAUCACUCGCGUUGUGGCCCAUGAUGAGGGCCAGUAUGAGUGUCAGGCCGUGAGCGCCGUUGGGACUGUUCGCACUUCAGUUCAACUCAGGAUCGAGCAGAGAGUAACGCCUGUUUUCACAAAUGCUCCAAGGGACCUGACUGUGGAGUCUGGCCAGGAUGUGCGGAUUCCCUGCAGAGCUCAGGGCCAGCCGGAGCCCGUGCUCACCUGGAACAAGGAUGGAAUACAGGUGACAGAAAGUGGAAAGUUCCACAUCAGUCCUGAAGGCUACCUGGAGGUGAGGGACGUGGGUACGGCAGAUGCUGGGCGCUAUGAGUGUACUGCGCGCAACCCUAUAGGCUACCAGGCUGCUGGCAUGGUGCUGACUGUUACUGUGCCUGCAGUCAGCAGAGAGGGGGACACCUUUGUGAGCACAUCCAUCCAGCAGGCUAUCCGUAAUGUGGACAGUGCUAUUGAGUCCACCAGGAGACGGCUCUUUGAUGGCCAGCCUCGUACUCCAGGAGAGCUGCUGGCUCUUUUCCGAUAUCCACGGGAUCCAUACACCGUGGAGCAGGCACGUGCUGGAGAGAUCUUUGAACAAACUCUUCUACUCAUCCAGAACCACGUCAACCGAGGUCUCAUGGUCGACACCAACGGCACCGCAUUUCGCUACAAUGACCUGGUAUCGCCUCGCUUUCUGGACAUGAUCGCCAACUUGUCUGGAUGCACAGCACACCGUCGCAUAAACAACUGCUCGGACAUUUGCUUCCACCAGAAGUACCGUAGCCAUGAUGGCACCUGCAACAACCUUCAGCACCCAAUGUGGGGGGCGUCUCUCACUGCUUUUGAACGCCUCCUAAAGUCGGUCUAUGAUAAUGGGUUUAACCUGCCGAGAGGUGCCACUGAGCGGCUGCAUAAUGGAUACCGGUUACCUUUGCCACGGCUGGUGUCCACAACCAUGAUUGGAACAGAGACGAUUACUCCUGAUGACCGCUACACUCACAUGCUGAUGCAAUGGGGGCAGUUCCUGGACCAUGACUUGGACUCAACAGUGGUGGCCUUAAGUCAGUCGCGUUUUUCAGAUGGCCAGCUCUGUGCUCAAGUCUGCACAAAUGACCCCCCAUGCUUUCCAAUCCAGUUUCCACCCAAUGAUCAGCGCCAGCUGCGAACUGGCGCCCGCUGCAUGUUCUUUGUGCGAUCCAGUCCAGUGUGUGGCAGUGGAAUGACAUCUCUUCUAAUGAACAGUGUAUAUCCAAGAGAGCAAAUCAACCAAAUCACAUCUUAUAUCGAUGCCUCCAAUGUCUAUGGCAGCUCACGACAUGAGUCGGAGCAAAUCCGUGACUUGGCCAGCCAAAGGGGUCUGCUCCGUCAAGGCAUCAUUCAACGGACAGGGAAACCACUCUUGCCAUUCGCCACAGGCCCCCCCACUGAGUGUAUGAGGGAUGAAAACGAAAGUCCCAUCCCAUGUUUUUUGGCAGGCGACCAUCGGGCCAAUGAACAGCUUGCUUUGACCGCUAUGCACACAGUGUGGUUCAGAGAACACAACCGCAUAGCCACAGAGCUACUGAGAUUAAACCCUCACUGGGAUGGGGACACCAUAUAUCAUGAGGCCAGGAAAAUUGUGGGAGCCCAAAUGCAGCAUAUAACCUACAGUCAUUGGCUGCCAAAGAUUCUAGGUGAUGUAGGCAUGAAGAUGGUGGGGCCAUACAAGAGUUAUGACCCCAAUGUUAAUGCUGGCAUCUUCAAUGCCUUUGCUACAGCUGCUUUCCGCUUCGGACACACCCUCAUUAACCCAGUACUCUACAGGUUAAAUGAACACUUCCAACCAAUCCCCCAGGGUCACAUUUCUCUGCACAAGGCUUUCUUCUCCCCCUUCCGCAUUGUGAACGAGGGAGGCAUUGACCCUCUUCUCCGUGGACUCUUUGGGAUUCCAGGUAAAAUGCGUGUUAGCACACAGCUGCUGAACACGGAGCUGACAGAAAGGCUUUUCUCUAUGGCCCAUGCUGUGGCCCUGGAUCUGGCUGCCAUGAAUGUUCAACGAGGAAGGGAUCAUGGCAUUCCUCCAUACAAUGAUUACAGGACUUUCUGUAACCUCAGUUCUGCUCAGACUUUUGAGGAUUUAAGGAAUGAGAUUAAGAACCCCAUUGUCAGGGAAAAGCUACAGAGGCUGUAUGGCACUCCACAAAACAUCGACCUGUUCCCAGCUCUGAUGGCAGAAGACCUAAUACCUGGCAGCAGGUUGGGUCCCACACUUACGUGUUUGCUUGCAACACAAUUCAAACUUGUCCGCAACGGUGACAGGUUUUGGUAUGAAAACCCAGGGGUGUUUACUCCUGCACAACUGACCCAGCUAAAGCAGGCGUCUCUGGCUCGGGUUCUGUGUGACAAUGGAGAUAACAUCACUCGCGUCCAGUCAGAUGUGUUUACCGUAGCUGAACUGCCUCAUGGAUUUGGCAGCUGUGAUGACAUCCCUCAUGUUGACCUGCGUAUGUGGCAGGACUGCUGCGAAGACUGCAGAACCAAGGGUCAGUUCAAUGCACUGUCGUACCACUUCAGGGGGCGCAGAUCAGCUGAGCACAGCUACAGGGGGGAGAAACCCUCCAACAGCAUCCAGGGGAAAAGUUCAGUGGAAGAUGCCAGACUAAGUCUGAAAAAUGUUACCGUGACCUCCAAAAAAAGCACAGAAUCUUCAGUUGGUGACUUCCAGGACUUCGUCUCAGACAUGCAGAAGACCAUCACGAGCUUACGAAAGCAGAUUAAAAGACUUGAAUCCCGUUUGAGCAGGACUGACUGCACUGAUAAAGAGGGCCAUGAGCGGAGAGACGGAGAGCGGUGGAAAGAUGACUCCUGCUCCACAUGUGAAUGCAGAGAAGCCCAGGUGACAUGCUUCGUGGAGUCUUGUCCACCUGUGACCUGCAAGAAACCCAUCAAAGUAAAAGGUGCCUGCUGUCCCAUUUGCAUCCAAGAGGCAAAAAGAAAGAUCGAGCUACAAUAAGCCCAAAACUGACGGACAUCCUUUCUUCCCCACCAGCGAGCUCUGGAAGUCCUUCCUGAUCAGAUAUUCUGAGGAGGAGGAAACUGGACUCUUGACAUUGUUCUGACCUGCAGUGAACCUUAUCAACCUGGCUGCUUCGCCUAGGAUUGUCCUUUCUUCUACCUUGCUUCUCUUGAAGUAAAUAGAAGUGGUUUUAUUCCUUGUUUAGAUCUUAAGUUUGUUGUCCCCUGCGGGGGUCAUCAGCCCGAGGCCCACGUUCCAGGUCCUUAAGAACCAAGACAAGAGUCCACAGAUUUUCUUCCACCAUGUUUAGGAUUCUAAGGAGAGUUUAGUUUUUAAGAUGUGACUGAUACCCCAUGUUUUUUGUUCUGCACUCAAAAAAGAAAUCUAGGGCCAUAUACUAUCAGCACAGAGGGAAGGGAGGUGAUGAAAAGUGGUUUCAAAAGAAAAUUCUCAGGUUAGAGAUGCCGAAAACUGGUGCUAUGUACUAAUGUUGUCAUGACAUAAAGACAUACCUUCAAAGUAUUAUCUUUUUCAAGCAAAGUAACAAAUAUUUAGUAUAUGUCUGAUGUUGCAUCACAUUUGAAAGAAUUGUGUAUUCAGAUGCUUUUUCCAGGUAGAUUUGCUUCAUCUUUUAAUCCAUGGUGCUUUAUGUUAAAUCUCUUUUGACCCUUUUUAUGAAAAGCUAAUGUAUGAAAAUAAUGUGAAGACUUUCAAAAAUGUAAUACAAAAGAAACACAUCUACUGAUUACUGCUGGUGUUGAUGGAGAACUUGUCCCUGAAAAUGGAAGGAGGCGGGGCUUGAUAGCGCUCUCAUUCUUUUUACUCCCUGAAAGUAAACUUUAUGUCCUGUUAAGUUCUGCCCUUUCUCCCAGUUUUUAUAUCCAGCUUCGAACACCAAAACUAUGAUUUCAUAGCUUUGUCAAAAAUAACCCAUCUAUAAAAGGGGUGUGAAUGUUGUAAUGGUUCAGGAGCUGCUAGCAGUACCUCGGCAGUGUUCUUGUUUAACCUGGUAGACUGUUGUGUUUUGUGGACCUGCUCUUUUUUGCCUUCUCUGAGUUCAACUCUGUUGGGCUUUUGUUCCUUUGAACAUUUGUAAGUGUGGGCUGACGUCAUUGAGCAGAGCAUGUGUUGGAGUGCAGGCUCCUCCAGCCCUCUGACCCUCAUUCCACUGUAAUGGAAGCCAUAUGAAGGGGGGGAGGGGGUUUGGGAGGAGGUUCUGAUGACUGCAAUAUGAAAAAAUGUGGUCUCCUGCAUACUGCAAUUGGUUUCUUAUGUACUGUAUAUAGACAAAUACCACUUGUACUUCAUGCACUGGCCCACUUUGUGUUGGUUUUCCUGUUUUAGUCUUGAUUGUGUCGGUGGCGUCACAGUUCCUCUUCAUUGUUCUCUUUAUGCCCUGAGGGAGCAUCAAGCUCAACUCAACAGGAUCUCUGAAGUCACAGUGGGGUUGGGUUCCAGCGUUCAUGCAUCAUGCCUUUGCAUAUCUGUAUAUUCUCUCUUCCUGACUAAUUAGUCAGGAGAAAUGUCUCGGUUUGUUGUCUGCCUCUGAUUUCUGCGAGAAACAUUGCAAGAUUUUUCUGCCACCCAAUCUGGUCAGUUUGCUCUGUUUUUGAAUCCAUCUGCUGUUGGUUUUCAUUCUCCUCAUUCAUCCAUGUUCUUACAUUUUCUUUUGGUAGAAGCUCCAAGUGCCAAUGAAGCGUUUCCUCACCAUAGUCAGUGUUGGAAAUACCAUGUAUCCAUCAUGACUGUUGCAUUGUAGUUUUACCAAAGACUGGUUUGCACUGUAUUGUAUGCCUCCCAACAAUGACAAUAAAGAAGCCGUGCUUGACCUACA